AUGAGGGCCUUUUCAAGGACCACUCUCCACAGCUUGCCGGAGGUUACCCGACACCAACCUCGGCGUGCGUUGCUAUCAACAACGUCAAGACGACAGCAAACAACGGGAACUUCAACAGAAACCUUCACUCAGAAGGCACCGAUAGGAGCAUAUUAUGAGAGUAUCCUCAGAUCUCCCCCACCUUACUCAGAAACCAAACCUGAGGCCCCACCUGUCACCUCACAAGCAGGCCAAGCGCAGGGUGAGAUCUUCAAGACGUCUACCUCAACUCCCACUCCCAAAGAAGCUGGCGUCAAUCUCUCACCUCCACCCUCUGAAGAGACCUCUCCUUCCCCCAUCUCACCGCCACCCACUACUGUCCAGGAACGGGCACGCAUCGUCUUCGGGUCCAAACUGGCCGGGCCAGCCGAGCGUGCAGAACGGCUCAAGGAGUUGCGCUCCCGCAGCAAGCUCAUUGCUGGUGUGCUAGUGCCGCCAAAGCCAGAAGAGCCUGACAACUGCUGCAUGAGUGGCUGCGUCAACUGUGUCUGGGAAAGGUACAGGGACGAGAUGGAAGAGUGGUCAGCAUCCAGUGCAGAAGCCCAGCGGCGGCUCCAGACUCAAGCUGCAGGCCCUGAGGGCACGGCAACGGCACCCCCGCCGCCAGGAGUUGGCCACACUCCGUCAUCAGACCACCAUGCUGUCAGUAUGGAUGACGACGGUGGCGGCUCCGAGAGCAACUGGGAUGCAGGCACUCGGCAGGGAGACAGCAACUUUGCUAAGAACCUCUGGGACGAAUCUCUCUAUCGCGACAUCCCUGUUGGAAUCAGAGAAUUCAUGAAGACAGAAAAGAAGCUCAAGAUCAAACACAAAGAGGAGGGCACUAGUGGAGGCUAA